AUGGAGUCCCCUCCUCUGACUGACAGACUGGCUAGAUGGAAGAUGUUGUUAUCUGUGUUUGAUAUUGUUUUUGUGAGCCAAAAUGCAAUAAAAGGAAGCGCCAUAGCCGGAUUUCUUGCAAGUCAUGCCUCGGAGGAUUACGAAUCUCUAAACUUCAUUUUCCUAGAUGAAGAUUUGAUAUGCAUUUAUACCAAAGAAGAGAGCAUCGAGGGCAACAAAUCCUGGACAUUGUACUUUGAUGGAGCCUCUAACGCUUUAGGAAAAGGAAUUGGAGCAAUGUUGAUUUCCCUAGAAGAGAAUUACUAUCCUUUUACAAGUAGAUUGGAGUUCUUUUGCACCAACAAUAUUGCCGAAUACGAGGCUUGCAUUAUGGGCUUAAAAGCAACUAUUGAAAGAAAGGUCAAAACACUUAAAGUAUACAUGGAUUCCUCAUUAGUAGUGUACCAACUAAGGGUAGAAUGGGAGACGAAAAACUAG